AUGCCAACACAAGGCAAAAGCAGCAAAAUGCUGCAACAUAUUAACUACCGUAUGCGAUGUACCUUGCAAGAUGGUCGUCAACUUGUCGGAACAUUCAAAGCAUUCGAUAAACAUAUGAAUCUAAUUCUAGCUGAUUGUGAAGAAUUUCGUAAAGUACGAAGUAAAACUGAUAAAAGUGAGCGUGAAGAACAGCGACCAUUGGGUUUAAUAUUACUACGUGGUGAACAUCUCGUUUCGAUGACAGUGGAAGGACCACCACCAAAAGAGGUUAGUCAUUUGACUACACAUUCUUACGAAAUCGAAGUUGGUAUUGCUCGAGUACCGACGAGUGCAGCCGCCGCACAAGGUGCUGGUCGUGCAGCAGGACGUGGUAUUGUACCUCCAGUACCCGGUGCACCUGGUUUUGCUCCUCCUGGUUUUGCUGCUCCUGGCCUUCAAGGACCAGUACGCGGUGUUGGCGCACCCAGUUUCAGUCAAAUGGCACCGCCAGGCCGUGGUAUGCCAGUAGGAAUGAGAAUGCCUCCUAUGCCACCUACAAUGGGAACACGACCACCGGGAAUGUAA